CAUGGUCCGGUCUUGCAAGUUCUUACCACGCGUAGCCUAGUCGACUAGUCGUGCUCUCUCAGCUCGUCAUUUCCACACACUCCCUGUCUCUCGUCGCCUCGUCCUCUCUCUCUCUCUCCGGCGGCUCCAUGCCCUAGGCCUCUCCUAUUGAUCGCCGCCACACAGCAAUCAUAAAAUUGAAUAGAAAUUUCACGGUAUCUGGGGCCGCAGUUGCUUUUGCUGCAGGCUAUGAUCAGCUCUUGCUUUCUUCUUCAUAAGAAAAGUGGCUUGCUCAAUUUCUUCUGAGUUCUGCUUUUCCAUUUUGGAACUUGUAAUCUAAGGAUGAUCAUCUGCCAUAUUGUUUUUGUGAAGAAAUCAAGUCUAAUAGAAUUCGUCCACUCUUGUUCCAACUGAUCAGUUGAAGCUUGGUUAAAUUUCUACUUUAGGAAAUGGAUCGGCGUGACACUUCUGGAUUUGUUAGUGGGGGUGGGAUGGACUCUUUUAGAGGCAUCUAACCCUAGUUUUGUAGCUAAUUUUCUUCUCCUCGGAAGUUGGGCAGACUGUUCUGUUGCAAUUGAGAUUAGUUUUGGUAGCAUUUUAAAUAUCAAGCUUUUAUUUCAUGGACACUAGGUCCUGGUACUUGGAGUUUAAUCCAAAUCAUGAUUCUUCUAAUGCAUUCAAGAUUCUGGGAAAUUCGGUUCAAGUUGGUGGAGCUGGAGCUGAAUAUGACAUGGAUACUGUUUUACGGCUUGAUUCCCCUGGUUCUUCUGUACCUUGCAUGCCCAGCUCAAAGGGAAUCAAAAGGAAGUGGUGUUUUAUGAAUGGUUCUACUGGCCAGCAAGUUGGCUCUUCAUUGUCCCUUGGGCUAGGACGUUCAUCCAGUUCCUCCGACAGCAAGGGAAGUUCAGCAACUGCUUGCACUACAAUGUCUUCAGCCAAAGAAACUGAUGAGGAAUCAUCAAUGGAUCUUGAAUUGGACUUCUCGCUUCAUAUCGGUGGUGAUAAAGUACCCAGUCCAAAGGAACCCCGUAGUUCAAAUUUGAAACCACUGGAAUCGCUGUCUAAGGUUGGCUUGGAGUUAAGUCUCUCUACUGGACCCACUGAAUCUGACAUCACUAGUGUCCAUCCUGGAUCUACUCCGCUUCAAUUGGGCAUGGAGAUGUCACAAAUUGUUGGCGUGGCCCAACAUGCCGAUGAAGGAUCAACCUCAUGUCGUUGGAAACCAGGAAUUGUCUUUCCUCUACAGACUCCAAUUGACACACGGCCUAGCGUCCUUUUCAACGAUCCAACUCCUAUUUUUCCAGACCUCUCAUCAACUAUAUUAACACCGCCAAAAAGCUCAGUCACCUGUACUUCCGGGAUAACACAGCAACAACAAUCACAACAUCGUGGCAGUAGUUCUAAGACAUGCCAAGUUGAGGGAUGUGGAAAGGGAGCCAGAGGUGCUUCAGGCCGUUGUAUUUCUCAUGGUGGUGGUCGGAGGUGCCAAAGACCUGGUUGCCCCAAGGGAGCUGAGGGUAGGACUGUCUACUGCAAGGCCCAUGGGGGUGGUCGGCGAUGUGAAUACCUUGGUUGCACAAAGAGUGCAGAAGGGCGCACAGAUUUCUGUAUUGCUCAUGGUGGUGGACGGAGAUGUAGUCAACAGGGUUGCACUCGAGCUGCCAGAGGAAAAUCAGGAUUGUGUAUCCGGCAUGGUGGUGGCAAGAGAUGUCAAAAAGAAAAUUGCACAAAGAGUGCAGAAGGCCUCUCAGGUCUUUGCAUCUCACAUGGAGGUGGCCGACGAUGCCAAGCUGCCGGAUGCACUAAAGGUGCACAAGGGAGCACAAUGUUUUGCAAGGCCCAUGGUGGGGGCAAACGCUGUACGGCCCCAGGUUGCACCAAGGGUGCUGAGGGGAGCACACCUUUUUGCAAGGGCCAUGGUGGAGGGAAAAGAUGUGCAUUCCAAGGUGGUGGGUUUUGUACAAAGAGUGUGCAUGGAGGAACUAACUUCUGUGUAGCACAUGGGGGUGGUAAGAGGUGUGCUGUGCCCGAGUGCACAAAGAGUGCAAGGGGGAGGACAGAUUAUUGUGUCCGUCAUGGUGGGGGCAAGAGAUGCAAGUUUGAAGGGUGCGGCAAAAGUGCACAAGGCAGCACCGAUUUUUGCAAGGCACAUGGUGGAGGAAAAAGAUGUUCUUGGGGCCAUCUUGGAUCAGAAUAUGGCAUCCAUUCCAGUGGUCCUUGUAACUCCUUUGCCAGGGGCAAAUCAGGUCUCUGUACUCUCCAUAGCGGCCUGGUACAGGAUAAGAGGGUUCAUGGUGGUGCUACCCUGGGACCUAUGGUUCAGGAUCCCAAUCUUAACCAGCAAGGGAGAGAGGUCAUCACUAGGGACAUGAAUGUUGAUGUUCUGAACAUAGGGAACAAUAUGGGAGCUUUGGCGGGCAGAACUUAUUCUGAUUCGAAGCAAUUUGGAGUCCCAAUUGCUCAAAUCUCAGUCGGGGAAGGGAACCUCUCAUCGGUGCCGGUAUAUCUUCCAGAAGGUAGGGUGCAUGGGGGGAGUCUGAUAGCAUUGCUGACAUCCAGUUCUGGUCUUGGCUCAAGCAGUGGUUAAGGCGUAGUUAUUGUUUCAUCCGAGCCAAUGAAAUCUUUUCAUGAUGUGUCGUGACUAUCCGUAUGGCUAUUGCUCCCCCUUGUUCUUGAUAUGGUCUUGGCGGUUGGUGGAGUUGCUCAGCUCGUUUGUGUCCUCUUAGUUUUUUCAGUGGUUUGAUAAUUACUCGGAGUUCUCAUUCCUCGGUUCAAAUGGAGAGAAGAGAACCCUUCAAUGAUAUUUAACAGUUGGGGAAACCUAGCUAGGAGAAAGUUGGCGUUUUGAGUCAGGUCUUGGGCGUUCUUUCCUGUAAAUAUUAAUAGUUGUCUGUGCAGUAGGUUAUUGUGAAUACAGGAUACCACCUGUAAUUCGGUCAGUUAGAUCAGACAAUUGUGGUUGUAAUAAAGCCUUUAUGGGGUCAUAUUGUGUUUCAUCGUUUCCUGGUUGUACAUUACUCUCUAUGUUUUUAAUUAAUUGGUCGUCUUUCUAUUUUAA